GCACGCAGCAGUACGCGCGACGGCCCGACCGCGGAAAAGCCCAUCAUCCCGACGAUAGUCCGGCCGCGCCGGGAAAGCGCAUUUCCCGAUAGUCGUAGUCGGCACAGUACCCACCACGGUGACCAACGAUCGCGAGCUCCGCCAGCUCCUCCGUCGUCUGGUCGUACGCCGUGUAUUAUUGGCCUGAGCGCCGCCGAAUAACGCGACAACGUAACCAUAAUAAUAUUAAAAUAUAGUGACCACGCUGUCGCACUAAACUUUGCGCGCAUAAUAUUAUCACCGUCGUUGGUUGUCGCACGAGACUUUACGGAGCGAUAGACGGCAACAGCGCUGUAAUAUUAUUGUUAUAAGGUUUAGAUUAAUUUUUCGAAUUUUUUUCCGUUUCGAAAAUCCAAUUUCGAAGUAUUCUCAUACAGGCGAGACCGCGGCGCGGCCGCUCAUACCACGUUCGGACAUGAAGGACGCCGACGACUGUUGUGGGACCACCGUUUUCGGGUGUUUUCCGGGCGCGAGGCGCAAAAAUAAACCGGCAAAGGCGAAAUCGCCGCCGCCGGUACAGCACUUACAGGGGGACAGCCCGGGCGGCUCGGUGCAGGCUUUCUACCGGCAAAACCGCGGAAAGUCGUGUCGGAAAAUCAUGCGGUUCAACGGAUAUCCGAACAAAGUUCUUCUUUAUCCGGAAGAAGGAUGGGCACGAAGUGCAGUUUCGAGUUAUUGGACCCUCACGCCAACUUGGUGGAAUCGAAGCAAAUGUAAAGUAGUAGAAGUCACAGGCACUAGGAAGUAUACAACAUUGGCUAAAAUGGUAGACACCGAUACCGGCAACCUUUUUAUCGUCGGUUCAUUUAAUAAACGUACUGAUCCCGAUUUUAAAUUAUGCCUUACGUCCAAUGUGAGCACAGCUGACUUCAACAUGGGCUACAGUAUCACCGGUUCGUUGGAGUGUGGAUCCACAAAAAACAACAGUUUCCAAACAACACAUUUCGCCGUUAUUCGGAGAAGAGAUUUCGAUACAAAUCGGCCGUAACAAUAAAAAGUAACUCGAAAAAAGCAAAAAAGGAUUGUUCCGACCAAUAGACGCGCACCUGAGACUAUUCGCUGAAUUAUGUAUAUUCAAUCCUAAACAAUUACAAAGAUAAUAUUAUUGUAAUACGUUAAAUGCAUAAAAUACCUACUGUGGAGGGGGGAUGGGGGGGGGGCAGUGUUCACAUUUUUCUGAACCAUCCGAGAUAAUAUUAUUUUCGUAGCAAAAUACAUGAUUAAUGUCAUUAUAAUUAUAAUAUUAUAUAGGCACCUAUUGGUAUGACAAUAUUUUUUUGUAGAUAAUGACUGCAGGAUUCAUAUUCACUGCCAAUGUUUUAAUGUUUUUUUUUUCUUUUUUAUUACGAAGACAUCUUGUAAAUAUAAUAAUAUAACAUACUGUUUAUUAAAAUCAAUACAAUCAGAUAAAUACGUAGGGUGAUUAUAAUCACAUCGAAUUAAGUACCGCACUAAAUAGUAAAUAGGUAUGCACAAUAUUAUUUUGUUUCUCGUGUAGUAUAGGGCUGCACACUGGAUACGAGGAUUAAACUAAAUUCGAUUACACCGCUGAAGUGAUUUUAAACGAGUUAACCCUCGUAUUCUGUUGAUGAACGUAAUGAAUUAAAUAAAUAAUAAAAUAGUAUCAUACUACAGCUAAUUGCUAGUUAUGAGUUUAUGAGUGUACUAUGGUCAAAUUAAUAUUUGCUGUGGGAAAUGAGUGUAAUAUAAUGUAGUUAAAAAUAUUAUAUCGUAAUAAAAUUAUU